GGCGGAGCAGCUGCAGGCGCGCGAGUGCGCGCCUCGCCCACCUCCCUCCCGCCAAUCUUACCGCGUCGGUUUAUUUGCGGUAAAGGAAAGUGCGUUGUAGGUAGGCCCCGCCCCCUUUGCUCGGCCCGUCCAACCAGCACCCGCCCUUGUUGCUGAGGCGCGAAAGGGGAGGGAGAAGGAGUCGACGACGAAGAUGGUGGCGGACGGUGCUCGCGCUCUGGCUGUCCCCCUCCCAGGAGGGACCCCGCGGCCAGAGGUGAAACCUGUGGUUAAGACUGCAAACCUCUGUUUGUUUGGAAAUGCUCAUUUUGGAAACAAGAGUUCGCACACUGGAAGUGAGGAUAUGGUUAAACAAAGCACCACGUUCAAUCAUUAUAAGUCACAGGUAAAUAGCAGAAAGCAAGAAAUGGACACACCAUUUUUCUCUCCGUUGUUUGGAGGAAUAACUAAUACACCGCCUACUGUGGAUUCUCCCCAGUUUUACAGCAGCUGGUCGCCUUGUGGAGACGAUGCCAAUGCUAUUGCUUCAUUACAUGACUUCACACAAAAAAGGACACAGGUAAAUUUGUCUUAUUCUGGUAGUGGCCCUGAUAUGUUUGGCUUAGUGACCAGCAUCCUAGAGGAGCCAAACAAGCAAGAACCUGUUACAGACUGGAAUUCUCUAUCAAGAUUGUUUCCACCAGUGUGGUCAUCAGACUUUGAAAACACUGAAAACUUCUCAGGGCUUUUUCCUACAAAAUGUUUGGAAAAUGAAGAUCUUACUAACUUAGUUGGUACCCAAAACACAUACGAAGAAAGCUUGCAAAAGUCAUCCUCUGCAGAAUUACUAAAUAGAGAAUUUGAGGAUUUCCGUAUUACAAGAUCCUGGCUUGCAACUUCUGAUCUUUGUAGUCAGUCACCUGGUGAGAUUUUGAAGAAUGCUAAUCUAGAAAACAAGGCUUUUAAGAGUAAUGGGAUCAAUCAACAAGGUGGAUUUGCAUAUCAAAAUGUACCCAAUUAUGACAAAAAUCAAUUAAACAGUAGCGGUGGGAAGAGCCAUAAUGAUUUUAGCACUUUCUCAUCUUGCACUAGAAUAAAAGAUAGCACUUACACAAGCAAGGAACAUCAGAAAGCUGACAAAGCAAGAGGCCUGCUUGGAAAAAAUGAUACAGAGGGAUCAAGUGAAUACUUAAGUCAGUUGUCUAACUCUCCAGCUGAUGGAAUAUGGGACCCAGUGAUCCAGGGAAAUAAUUUGCCUCCUAAAAGAUAUACAAGUUUUACAGCGACUCAUGACUCACAGCAGUUUAGUUGCUCAUCUCCGUAUUUUCUCAUUCCAACACUUAAUCAAGAAAAUGGCUUUCCCAAAGGAAUGAAUAUAAAAUUGCAGGAAGACUACCCACAAAACAACCAUAGUAGCAUCAGUACAAAGGUGAACGUUGGUAAUGCUGAAUGUAAGAUCCCUAUACAUCAUCAAAAAGGAUCCUGUAAUCACUUGCCUCUUAAGCCAGCUCUACAGAAUAUGAACUCAUCUUACAAUGGAUAUACGUGGCUGGAUAAUAAAAUACUAAGUCCAGUAGCUACAUCACAUGUGACUAAUGGGAAACAAAAAAAAAUGAGCCCUCAGUUAUCUUCAGGGUGUUCCACUCCAUCAAGUGCAUCUUCCACCAAUCAGUCUGUAGCACAGCCUUCCUAUUCACAGGUGUUACCAGUGUUGUCCUCAAGAAAAGAUGGGAAGCUACACAUAUCUGCGAACAUCCCCAAUAGGUCGGGUUUUUCCAACUGCAAAGAAAAUCACAAGCAACACAACUCUACUGGACACUCCCAGAAUGAUUCUUUAGCUACUAUAGAGGGAUACUGUGGUAAAGAAUCCAUUAAUGCUUCUUCUAGCUGGUUAUCACAACAGCAUUCUGUAAACGAAUCUGCAAAACACUCCAGUUUGCAUAAUAAGCAAAGCCAAUACAGUACUGGUGAGAGAACUGGGCAGAAUGAGAGAAGAUGUAAAAAUAAUUGGAUUCCACACCCAGGCUACGUGAGCCCAAAUCAAGCACAGCUCGAUAUAUUAAGAAGAAAAGAACAGAAUGGUGGCAACUUGUCUGAUUUCAUCAAUCCUUCUUUCCUACCCCUUUUCCCAUUGAUGUCUGGUUAUAAACAUAUGCCCAAUUUUCUUCCAUUUAAUCCUCAUCCAUUUUCAUCACCAACUAAUGUUGCAUUUUCUCCAUUGCCAUUUCCAUUGUCUGAACUUGCUGACCUUCUUCAUUAUGAUGACUUCCCCUAUUUGAAUCCUUUCUUUAAUGAACUUGUCUGCGGAGAUAUAGCUGCACAAUACUUUGCCUUCCCUCCACCUCUGCACCACUAUAGACCUCCAAAGAAUCGUACUGGACCUGCAAAUGAGCUGCAUAGUCAUCUAGAAGAGUGUUAUGAACAGUGGCGGGCACUAGAGAGGGAACGGAAGAAGGCAGAGGCAGAUCUAGCCAGAAACUUCCCAGGGAAGCGGGUAUCCAGCUCAAAUAAUGCUCCAUUUUCCCGGCUUCCUGCCAAGCCUUCCCGAGUAGAUCGUCUGAUUGUGGACCAAUUCCGAGAGCAGGCGAGAGUACACACCUUAGUUGGGAAAAUGGAACGUCUUUGUGGUACUCCUGUCCAUGGUAACAUAUCUGCCACUUUGAGACAUCAUUUGGAAGCCAUCUGUGCUACCCGAGCAAGACGCAAGGAUGAGAUUGUUAAUGCUGUUAAUCCUCAGAGGCAGGGAACAUCUCGUUACAAUAAUGAAAGAGAUGUCCUUGCUCUGGCAGCUGCCAUUAAAGAUUUGGCUUUCUUCACACGAAAAGCACGUACGGCUUUAUGGUGUGCUCUUCAGAUGACACUUGCAAAAACUUCAGUGAAUGCUCCAGUAAAAAAGGAGGAAGUGGAAAGGGCUUUGCAGGAGCUCUGUCCUGUAAAUGGCAACUCACAAGUGAAGACCAGCAUGGAGCAUGAAGACAAAGAAAACAAGAGAGAGAACCAUGAACAGCCCCAACAGGUCAUCAAAUGAGCACAUCCAAGCAAAUCUUGUAGCAGUGUAGAAAAUAUGCCAGGCUGUCAGAAAGGCUAGAUGAUCUGUGCUGCAUUUCCACUGCUGAUACUCAAGCCUAGAUAACAUAUAUUUCUGUAAUAGUAUUGCUUCAGUCUUAAUAUUGGUGGUAGAGGUGUGUAGUGUAAAAUAGGAAGGAGUCGACUUAAGUGGAGACAAGCAAUUGUGGUUCUUGGCCACCAAUCCAAAGCUGUAAAUCAAGCAUUAACUAGGAAACUAGCAAGUGGCUAAGCUAAUUCUUAUAAAAAUUUAACACGUAGUGCCACUUCAUUCCUUGGUUUUGUAAUGUUAAUAUUUUAAGUGCCAAAGUUAUUACUGAAUACUGUGGUUUUUUUAAACUGAUAAUGAAUAAUGCACAUUUAUUGUCGUAUUGUCAGGAGCUGAAGGAAAAAUUCCCAGUGGUCUGGCUUGAAGCAGUCAACAACUAAUGUUAGUUGCAUUAAACCUGAAAGUUACCAGGAGUGUUACCAGCAUUGGUUUCAAGCUGGACUCAUCCAGACGUCAGCUUCCAUAGGUGGGAUAGAACAAUAGAAUCUGUAGGUUUCGAAAGAAAAACAAAAGGAGUUUUAAAUUAUGGUGAGCAUUAGCCAGUGAGAUUAGAUUUAGAAACGGAACAUAUUGGUGCCUUAGUGGCUUAAAACAAUUAUUUAACUUGGUAUGCACUUAAUGAAAAUAUAUGGCUAUUAAUGGUUUAUUUAUUUUAAUGGUUAAUAUAUUAUUUUUAUUUUAUUUUAAUAUACACUUUGAUCCAUUGCCAGACCUAAUAAUCAGGCUUGUGUUUGCUCAGGGUCUGUAUGUGUAUUUAUGAUCCUUAAAUACACACAAUAUAUUAUGUUCGUAGAGAGGGAAUGUUUGUAGAAAUAGCUAUAUAAAACUAAAUCUAUACUAGGUUACCAAAGCUGGCUGAUUUAUUUUUAGCAUGAAGAAAUUUUGUAUGUUUAAUUAUUAUUAUUAUUAGGCUUCAUACUGUGUCUUGGACAAUCAGACACGUUACAUGGCCAACGUCUGUGUACAAGGUAAGAAUUGGAACAGAUGGAGCCCCAGUCCAAAAGUUUCACUGGUACAUUUUGAUUUUGUCCCUGCCAGUACACGUUUUCCCCCUUCACUGUAAUGUUGGGGACACCUCCAUGCAAAUAGUGGGGAGGUGCGUGCGCGUGUGCACAUGGGCACACACACAGCUGUCUGACAUUGCAGUAAAUUGGGGAAGUGGUGUGUGUCCCUGGAGCUUCUAUGUGUGAUAGGAACUCUAGUUGGGAGCUUUAAUGUUUGGGUUCUUACCACUUAAGAGUAUUAACGUUUGAACAGUCUUGUAAAAUGUGAGAUUACCUGGCUGUACUGAUAUCCAGGCAGUGUAUUUGCAUUGUAUAUGUUAGUGACGAAUUUGUCUUAAUUGAAAAAUUGUGUUGAAAAGUGAGGGAUACUGGGUGAAAAAAAAAUACUUCAAGUGCUUGGAACAGGUUUUACUUGUUUAGUAAUUUGUUCAAACGGAUUCUGCUCUAGGCAGCAUAAUUAAUUGAAUUGUCUUAUAUGUACUUUACACCACCACCACCUGAGUUCACUUUUGGGCCGAACCUUAUAUGUCUAACUAAUGAAUGGGCCAGUGCUAAGAGGUUCUGCCUAGGUAAAACUCAGAUCCUUCUUGAUUGGCUGAGAAAGAAACAGAGAGGUUGGCUUGUGCAACACUAGGCAACCAGCUGUAGCUGUGGUGGCUGGAUUUGAAAGAUGACCUUCACCCCUAUCUUUCCCUCUGCCUCCAUCUUUGGCGCAAAGAGGGGCUUUAAUGCAAAUAGGAGUCCAGGCUUGUGAAUGUUUAGAGUAAAUGUAAAAAUGAAUAAAAGGACUUGGAUGUGUGCAACAGGAAAUUGCAAAUACCUCAUGCUCUCUCUCUUUAUUUUAAAAAGCAAAGGAAUAAUUAAAAGGCACAAUCAUUACAGUGCCAGUUCCUUAAAAGAAAAUAAAAUAUUUUCAGCCUUAGUUGUAGCUUAAAGAUUAAUGUGGAAGAAAUUACACUUUGUGCAUUUUGCACUAAAUGUCAUUCGGUCAAACAGAUUUUGUAGAUUAAAAUUGGUUUACAGUAUACAGAGUUGAUUUAAUUUAACUCUUAGUAAUAUUACCAUGUUAGAAAUGGUAAUUUGGUAGUCUUAUUUUUUUAUGUUUACAAAAUCAUUGUACUUCUCCAGGACUGUAUUGUAGUAAUGAGUAUAUUAGGCCCACUGAGUUCUUAAUUUAUGAAAAUUGUUUAAACCUGUGGUUAUAAUUGGUGGUUAUAGGUAAUGUGCCUUUAAAUGUCUUAAAAGAUAACAUAUAACUGUGUACUCACUCUUGGUUGCAACUAAGCAAUAUAGUUAAAGGGAUUAUAAUAAGCUGCAUUUGAUAGCUGUAGUUUACCUUAUGAAUAUUAAAUAAUCAAUUUCCAGCAUUGGUUUCCUUAGCUUUAGAAUAUCUAAAAUGUGUUUGUUUUAGUUACGUUGCCUAUAAUGGGAUCCAUUCUCAUUUGAUUGACUUUGGUGCUGCAUCCCUUGCUUUUCAAAAGAAAAUGGCAGUAACGGAUACCCACCAAAGGAUAUUGCAUUUUACGCAUGUGAACUGAAAUUCAAUUUUCUGUUUUGGAAUUGAAAAAAACAAAACUUUCUGCUACACUUUGCAUUAGUUUGUGUAGGGUGUUUUCCUAGCAGUAUUGUCUGGUCUUUUCUAUUUCUGUGGUUGAUAGUCACAUGGUACACCUACCAGUUAGGGCGUAAUUUUUGAUGUAAUGUAAAAUCAGUACAUGGGUUCUUCAUUAUAACUGUUGCAUUGCUUUAUACCCAAUAAUUUAAUUAGAUGCGAAGUUGGGCCAUUUGUUAUAUUGUCCCAAAGAAGCUCUGUGGGUUGGUUUGUCAGUUUCUUCCCCCAAACUGAUGAAGUGAACCGAAUCGCAGGAUUUGCUACUGAGAUGCUUGUUUCUGAACAGCUUUUAAAUAUUAACACCUUGUUGAAGGCAUCAGUUGCUCAUUUCCAAAAUAGAACUGGCAUUCUGUAUUCCCUCAGCCUUCCAAUUAUUAAAGAGAAAUAUUCAGAGUUACUUUUUAACUUUUAAGUAAAAUAAGCCAGUGUACUGUAAAUGAAAAUAAGGCAUCUUGUCAGACAUGUACCAUUGCUCCAAAUAAAUGGCACUGUGAUGUUCCAACUAGCGGGUUGCUCCUGCUGAACUUGCCCUAUGAUGACUCUAAUACCAGAUGUGUUAAAUUACGCAGCAUAGAUAUGCACCUAAUCUAAAAUGCACCUAAGAGACUUGUCUGUAAACAUAUUGCAAACUUCAUGUGAAGGUGAGUUCUGUUCUCUUACGUGUGAGAGCUGGAAACUGGUGAGAACAGCAGCAAAGACUGAAGGGGCUUAAUGGGAAUUAGAUGGCCAUAAAGCUAAAUGUGGGUUGAAUCUACUUUGAUUUAUUGUUUGGGGUUUUUGUUUACCUAUGUAGGACUUGUUUAUGUUGUAGAAAAAUGCUACUAAAGUGUUGCAGAAUUUAGCCUUAGAGUAAUACACAAGAUAAGUUCCAGAAGAGCCCUUGUUCAAAUGGAAAGUGGGGGGGGGGAGGAGGUGAUUUCCUUCAGUUCCCCCUGCUCCCACCCAUGCUGCUCUAAAAGGUCACCCCACUGCAGAACAGAUUUGCUUGGGUGUCCAUGUGCGCAAGGAGUUAUAGGAGGAAUUGACAAAAAUGCUUCCUUGCCCACCCCCUCCAUUUAUGAGGGCAGAGUGCUCCAUUCUGUAAACAGAUAUCUGGAACUAACUCUGUCUGUGUUAAGAACAAAAAACCAGAUCUGCUGUUACCCAAAGAUUUUACCAUGCAAAGCCUGGCUUUCAUCUGCCCAGAAGCACUUGUGCUGCCUGACCCCUCCUUGAAGCAGCAGUCUCUCAAUGCCUUGUCUUGACCUAGUUUUGAAAUUCCCAAGUUCCACCUGUGGUUUGUCCUGUGGUACUGAAGAGCCACUGUCUUGAACGAAGCUCUACUACGUUGCAUGUUUCUCUUGACUUUGGCCAUAACCUUGGCUACAGUGAGAUGGCCUCAUUAGAUAACAUCAUUUGGUUUUAAUGGUGUUUAUUGACCUUUGUUUUAACUGCCUUAUUUGUAUGUUUCAUAGUGUUUGGUUUUCCUUGAAUGUCUUGCACCACAAAAUUCCAGAAACAGACAUACAUAUAGGUAGAAACACCUUUAGAAUGAGGGCAGCAGACUGCUUUCAUUUAAAGCUGAACAUUCCAUGGUAGACACCUAGUCUUCCUACAGAUUUGCAAGUUUUUGAGAAUUCAGCAUAUUUUGUGUAUGUGUUAAUUUUUACUUGUCUGUAUGGAAACCCAGCUCGAAAUUGUACCCUGCAUGGUUUUAUGGGUCUUAAUCACCAGCACACUUAAACGUUUGGUAAACCUUUAUAUGAAAUUAUGAAAAUGUAUAUCGUAGUUGUGAAUGCUUAUACAACAGAUUUUUGUAGCAUCUUGCAACUCAUUUUUAAAGGCAAUUUUUGUUCUAGCUUUCAUUUUUAAAAAUGUGGAUAUUUUUGUUAAACCUAUUAGCAAUACGAUAGUUUAUGGUGCAAAAAAGAUCCUCAUUAAGUUACUUAUUCAGUUUAUUGACAAGCUACGGUAGUUGGUAAGAACUUUUAACAAAACUGAGAACUGUAACUAUUACUAACAUCUCUUGGCUGUUUUGCCAGAUAAACUUUAGAAAUUAUUGUAUAUGCUGGCAAAAUGGGUAAGAAAAAGAGAUGGAUAUAAACCGGACAGGACGUCAGCUCAAAACAAGACAAUAUCAAAUGUUUCUAUGUGGUAUGCAGAAACAUAAGCCUUUUGUUUGGGAAGAGAAGCGUGCAUUUUUUAUUAUAGAUGAUGUGAAGAUAAAACUAUUUUAAUAUACUGUUUGUGGUAUAAUACCGUGUGCCAAUCUUGUUGAACAGCAAAAAUGUGUAUAUAGCUAGUUACAUGAUUGACAAGCCUAUUGUGAUUUGAUCGAUUUAGUAAAUUGAACAGAAAAAUGUUUAAAAAGAGGUCAAUCGCUAUAAGAGACUUUAUCAUUGGUCAAUUCAGGUGCUGAGUCAUUGUAUCUGGAAAUAAUUGUGUUUCUGAAAGCUGCAAAAAGCUCACUUCUACCUCUCCUGUAACGUUCUGGAUGAUGAUGAUGAAGUUCUACACUGACCUUCUGGCACCUCCUUUGAUACUAGAUUGUGAAAUGGGAUGCCAAAUAGCCAAGGCUUAAAUCAUCGCUUGUGUGAAGUCAGUUAACAUGUGUGCACUUGUCAAUUAUAUUAAAAUAAAACAGUAGAAAAGUGCAAAAGGUUGUAAUGUUGUGAAAAAAAUUGUUAAGAUUUAUGGUGAAUCCUAUAAAAAUCAUGGUGAGUGAAAUGUGCUAGCAUUAUUUUUAUAUGUAAUAUUUUCUUUAAAUUGAACCUGUUUUCCAUAAGUAUUCAGUUCUGUCUACAUUAAUUAUCAGCUGCUGCUUCCCAUAUAAGACUUUAAUUGUUUCUCUCUUUUGUUUUGUAAUUUUCACUCGUUACGUGUGCUGGCUGACACUUAAACAAUUAAAGUAUUUAAUAUUUAAA